AGAGCUGAAAGCCUGCUUACCAUGGACACUACUGAUUACAGCAAAUGGGGUGGCAGCCUCGAGGAGAUCCCUGGAGGGCACUGGGGAUGCUGGGGAAGGCGAUUCCUCCUCCUGACCCUGGCUCUCCUGGUCACCACAGUACUGUGGGCCCUCAUUCUGAGCAUCCUACUUUCCAAGGCCUCCAGCCAGCAUGAGGCGUUGCUCGGCGGCCAGGACCUGCUGAGAACAAACGCCUCGAAGCAGACAGUAGUGCUGGAUGCCCUGAAGCAAGAGGUCGGAGCCUGCAACAGCUGCUGCCUGAGGACGCAGGCACAGCUGAAGACCGCAGGCACGACGUUUGAGGAGGUGCAUGUAAAGCUGAUCCAGCUGGAGAGUUCCUUGAAAGAACUGAGCGAGCGCGUGACCCAGAGCUUGGCUGAAGCGGGAAGGGACCGCGAGGACAUUCGCAGUGAGCUGUUCCGGGAGUUGGAGGCCGUCCGACUUGGAAAUAGUUCCUGCGAACAGUGCCCCACGUCGUGGCUGCCCUUCCGGGGUUCCUGCUACCUUUUCUCGGUGCUGCAGGCCACAUGGGAAGAGGCACAGCGCCACUGUGCGGGCGCGGGUGCGCACCUGGUGAUUGUCGGGGACCUGGAUGAGCAGGGCUUCUUGACUCGGAAUACACGGGGCCUCGGUUACUGGCUGGGCCUGAGGGCCGUGCGCCGCGCGAGCAAGGUCCAGGGCUAUCAGUGGGUUGACGGAGUCCCGCUCAGCUUCAGUUACUGGAACCUGGGAGAACCCAAUGACUCUCAGGGGCACGAGGACUGCAUCAUGAUGCUACGCUCAGGGUCAUGGAACGAUGCCCCUUGCCACAAUGAGAGGGACAACUGGAUCUGCGAGAAGAGGCUCAGCUGUUGAGCCCACUCAGUAGCCCUCAGCCACACCCACCGCUGCGAUUACACCCAGCUACUCACCCUCCUGGGUCCGCCCACCAUCAUAGAUCUUUUUUUCUCCACCCACCGCUACUAAGAACUACACGCCCAACUCAGCCGAUCCAGUGCCUGUGCUGUGGGACCUCCUCUUCAACCUCACCACAAGCUCUCCCACACAGACCUAACACAUUACUUCCAAAAUCUUGGCUCCUGGGCCCUUUGAUCUGACCCCACCUUCCUGUGCCCCAGGGUGCACUAGCUGGGUCCCUGACCCCUGCCUGGGGCUGAGUGUGAAUAUGUGGGGAGCUUUUCUAAGUUUUAUUCCAGAGACCCUAACCUCUUUAAGUGACCUCAUGGCUCUAUGAUGCCCCCAAACCCAGUGAGUAGCCCUGCACUGAAGCUAGAUCUAAAGAUUCCUUAUGAAUGAGUAACAUUCCAGUAAAGUAAAAUUGGAGAAAACCUAUUCAAUCCAUUUAAUUUAUUGAUACUCUUGUAUUUAUGCAAAUAACCAAUUGAUUCUGACCAACUGAUACAAAUUCAGAGGAUCUCACAAUCCCCUCUGGUUCUAUAAUUUGCUAGAAUGUCUCAACUCAGGAAAGCUCUAUACUUAAAGUGUUAUUAUAAAGAAACAAAUUCAGACCAGCCAAAUGAAGAGACCCAUAGAGUGAGGGCUGGGAGGGUCUUAAAAAGCUUCCAUGGACUCAGGACAGGUCACCAUCCUGGCACUUCAGUGUGAUCACCAGUUUUCAAGUUCCUCUGGGCAUUGGUGUCCAGAGUUUUUAUUGGGUUUCAUUAUGAAACUGUGAUUGAUUGACUCAUUGGUCAUGUAACUGCACUGCAUCUUCAGGCCCACUGCCCUCCCUGGAGGUUGGGUGGCUGGAAGUGCCACCCCUCAUGGUUGGUUUUUCUGGCAUGACCAUCCCCUACCCUGAGCCAUCUCCUUGGUAUAAACUCCAGUAUGAGCCAAGGGGUCCCCAUCAAGAACAAAGACACUCCUAUCACUUGGAAAAUGCCAAGGUUUUAGAUGCUUCUUGCCAAAAAACAGGCACAAAGACCCAUCAAAUUCUUUAACACUUAACACCCAUCUCUAAAUCAUCAAUCACAUCUGCCAAGUCUCUGUUGUUAUGUGAAAUAAACCAGUCA